CUUUCGAUGCUCUUUGUGUGUUUCUCCUUUGUACCUUUCACUCGUUAUUGACUGCCUUGGUGACCUUUUGACGGCUUGGUCAACCUCAGGGUAUAUCUUGUUCCUCAUGGUGAUGUGAUAUCUCUUCGGAGUAUCUGAAGCCCUAAGUGAUUCUUUUAAAUCAAAUUUCAUACACAUCCUGAUAAACAUCAUGUCGCUCUUUCCAUCUUCUCAUCUAUACACUCGUUUAAAGGAUACAAUUCCGGCUGUUCUACCAUGGAGUCAAGGGAACUUCUCCACGAAAGGUGACCCUCGAAAGAGCGUGAAGUGGAUUGAUGGCCUUCGAGGAAUCGCUUCUUUCCUGGUAGUAUUAACCCAUCUCGCCCGCGCCUGGGACUAUGACCUCUUUUCUCCUCGCGAUACUGAAGACGCCACCCCACGCAUCCUACAAUGGCCUAUCCUCCGCAUCCCCUGGCAGGGCCGUCUCGGAGUCACUAUUUUUGCAUUUCUUACGGGCUAUGUCUGCGCCCUAAAGCCACUGAAACUCUCGCGAGCGGGCGAUACAGCAGCUGCUUUCACAACAAUCGCUAAGAGCGCCUUCCGAAGGCCACCACGACUCAUCUUCCCGGCCACAAUUGCGUUAUUAAUAUCAUGGACGGUCGCCCAAUUCGGUGGCUUUGUUGUUGCCAACCGCUCUGAUAGCUGGUGGUGUCGGUAUGCAGCUCCAGAGUUGGAGGAUUCUCUGUCGAAAGAGAUUCUUCGAUUGGGCGAGAACUUUUUAUCGACUUGGACGACGGGGUAUAUGGCAUACGACGAUCAUCAGUGGGCUCUCCUGCCCUUGCUAAAGGCCUCUAUGCUGGUCUUCAUACUUCUUGUCGCGACUAUGUUUAUGCGAUUCCGGUAUCGAGUCGCCGUUUAUAUUGGGAUGCUGUUGUAUUAUCACCAAGAUGCGGCCAAAGAUACGGAGACUUUCCAAAUGCAAGCUAUCUUCGGCAUGCUUCUCAGCGAUCUCUCAUAUUCCACCGCUCUCAAAAACUGGGUAGAAACCCAUCGCUAUACACGAAAGCUCAUCACCAUCCCACUCGCAGUUGCAGGCCUCCUAAUCGCCUCCUAUCCCGGCGAACACCCAGAAUGGAUGCCCUGGUCAAAUUUCAUGUUCGAACUAUCAGAAUACAUCUUCCCACCAGACGUCAACAUUGGCAAGCGCUACUCAGCCCUCGGCGUGGAUCUCAUCAUCCUAGCAAUCUACCUAUCUCCAUCGACCAAGGAGUUCCUCGCCAAUCGGCUCUUGCUCUGGCUUGGAAAGCAGAGUUUCGCGGUCUAUCUCAUUCAUGGAACGAUGCUGCGUGUUGUCCUUUGUUGGAUGUUGUAUGGGAUUAGUGGUCAGCCGUGGGAAGGAGGUGAUGCUGCCACUAAUGAUGAGCGGGACUGGCUGCCAAUUGGUCCGCCGUGGGUUGUUGCGAUUAGUAUACCGGUCUGGAUUGGAAUGGUGUAUUCUGUUGCUGCGGCUUGGACGGCUUAUGUGGACCCGUUUUGUGCAUCUAUGACUGAGAAAUUGGAGCGGAAGGCUUUUGCAGAGGAUGAGAAGGGAUCGUUGCCGUUGCCGGCUGUGUCGAUUCCUAUGCGAACUACAUGACCGGGCCUACUCAUUGGCUCUUUUCUUUUGG